UUAGGAUAGCAAGCUUUUACCUACAAACCUCUGAGUAAAGGCGGUUCCGAAUUAGCUCGAUGGUCUUUCACAACCUAUCACAAUUUGCACCCCCGGAAAUAUUAUUCAACUGGUGGUUAAGAUACAGAAAACGAGAUAGGUGUCGCGGUUCGGGUAAGCGUCCACAUGUGAAUAUAAAACCAUCCCCAUGUAUGUGCAUGCACAUGAAAGGUAAGGCUGUAUCGUACAUAGACGGACUCAACACGAAAACCAAGCAUGCAUACAAAGGAUCCCGAUCCCCCAUCUAGUUUAACGAUUGUUCUUAACGGACUUAGCUGCUAAACUGAAUUGUUGUCUCUUAGUGACGGUCCAUUGGUGAAAGGUAUACCGAUUUUUGUAAUGAUAGCACCUUAUAGAAAUCAAAU